CAUUCAGCCAUUACACUGCGAUGAGGGGUGCGGGAGGUUUUGCAUAAAUUCUCACGCAAUCAAGAAGCCACAAACAUAUCUCAAGUUGGUGAGCACACCUUUCUUUAUAGGUGUGUGGGUAGCUGUAUUCUUUGGGUUUUGUGCUGUUCUGGGUUGUAGUUUUAGGUUAUUUUCUUUUUCUUUUGGUGUAGUUAGAGUAGUUUCUUUGUAUUAAUCUUGAAAAUGACGGCUCAGGUAGACUACCUGGCGGUGUUGUUCACCACCACAUCUGGCGCUAGUGGAGAUCUCCUCGGUUCGGACGAGAAGGAACUUGUACAGUUGGUUUGGCAGCUCGUAGAUGUAAAGAACAAAAAGUUGGGAAAGCUGAAUGAGGUAUUGAUAGGGGCUGAGCAAUCGGAACUGACAGAAUGUGCUCCGGACAGACAGGACGGCGAGGAGUCGGUCUUUACAGUCACGGGCCUGGAGCAGGCCCUUAACCAGUUCCAUGUGGGAUUGACCAAUGAAGUGAACAGCUUGGGUGCGGGAACAUCGUUGUGUGUCUGUACGGACGGGCAGCUCCACAUUCGCCAGGUUCUCCACCCCGAAGCUGCCAGCAAGAACCUGGCACUACCCAACUGUUUGAACUCCUUCUUCGACCUGAGAAAAGAAUUUAGAAAGCACUUCCCCUCUGCGGACACCAAGAGUCUCAGUGUACAAUCCAUGGCAGAAUCCCUCAGUGUAACAGUGAAGCCAGAAGGCACGUUAGAGCCGCCAGCCAUGUUGGCUCCAACAGCUGUGAUGGAUCCGACGGCCAUGUUGGCUCCAGUCACAGCAACACUGCAGGUCCAAAGCAUGGCCAACAUCGUCCUGGCCCUGCUAUCUGAACCCUUUUGUCAUUCAUUCUUGAACCCAGAGAGAGUCCCUGAGAAGUUUGAAAGUGGUACUUGCAGUAAGACGGAGCAGGUGUGUGAUAACACAGUGAUCAGAGCAAGAGGGUUGCCCUGGCAGUCAUCCGACCAGGACAUUGCUCGCUUCUUCAGAGGACUCAACAUCGCCAAAGGUGGGGCUGCGUUGUGCCUGAAUGCCCAAGGUCGGAGAAACGGAGAGGCUCUGGUUCGCUUCAUCAAUGAAGAACACAGAGACAUGGCCCUGCAGAGACACAAACACCACAUGGGCAACCGAUACAUAGAGGUGUACAAGGCAACCGGUGAGGACUUCCUGAAGAUUGCAGGAGGUACAUCCAGCGAGGUGGCGUUGUUCCUGUCCCGUGAGGAUCAGGUGAUCGUCAGGAUGCGAGGCCUUCCAUUCACCGCCACCCCCGACCAAGUGCUGGCCUUCUUCUCCCAAGGGGAGGGUCCUAAAGAGGCGUGUCCAGUCAGCGGGGGCAAGGAGGGCAUCCUGUUUGUGCGUUUCCCUGAUGGAAGGCCCACGGGCGACGCCUUUGUCCUGUUUGCAAGCGAGGAGCAUGCUCAGUGCGCUUUGAGGAAGCACAAAAACAUCCUGGGAAAGAGAUACAUCGAGCUGUUCAAGAGCACAGCCGCUGAGGUGCAACAGGUGUUGAACAGGUACUCUUCAGUCCCUCUGAUCCCGGUGGCUCCGGCCCCCCUGGUGUCCAUGUUGCCCACGGUGUCUCUCCUGCCCUCUCCUGGUGGAGUGAGGGACUGCCUGAGGCUGAGGGGUCUGCCCUACACCGCCACCAUAGAGGACAUCCUGGGCUUCCUGGGAGAAUACACACACGACAUCAGACCACAUGGAGUGCACAUGGUGCUCAACCAACAGGGUCGUCCGUCCGGGGACUGUUUCAUCCAGAUGCGUUCGGCAGAGCGGGCCUUCUCCGCCUCCCAGCGGCUCCAUAAGCAGGUGAUGUCUGGGCCGGGUCAGGGCGGCCAGCGCGGCGUGGCCAGCCGCUAUGUGGAGGUCUUCUCCUGCAGUGCUGAGGAGAUGGGUCUGGUGUUGAUGGGAGGUUCCUUGUCACACACACACCCACGGGCCCGGAGUGGGACAGGGCUCAGUCCGCCGCCAUGUAAGUCCAGACGUCUUUCUCCCCCCUCCUACUCCUUCCCACCCGCCCAUUCAAUAAUGCCUGCCGAGGCUGCAGGCAUCUUCCCUCCCAUUGGCCAGGUGCUUCUGAGUCCCCGCCCCUUAGGGCCUGGCCACACCUACUACCCAGCUAGUGCUCAGCUCUACAUGAACUACACUGCAUACUACCCCAGUCCCCCAGGUUCUCCUAGCACUCUAGGCUACUACCCCUCCCCCUCACACCUUCCCUCCCCUGGGGGAGUGGUCCGUAUGCAUGGCCUGGCCUACAAAGACCUACUCAACACCAUUCAGGGAUACCAGAGUCCCAUGGAGUCGGUGCCUGUCCUGAGCAGUAUGAUUGGUCAGUCCAGCCGAGGUGAUGCUCUGAUGCCCCUCCCCCCUCUCCUGACCAAGCAGGGAGGUCACUACCUGGACCUGAGCAUGCUGUAGAAUGCCUUGAAACUCCCCACAGUGACACUUACAUGGGGGUGGCUGUCUCAUUUCACCCCAGGGUCCGGCAGUCAGGCUUCACCAAGGUCCCUAGGGCCACGCUAUAUUUCCUUCUUUACUUUUAUUAUUAUUAAGUCAAGUCAUGUCCAGCCAUAGUGAAUUGGGCUGUUUGACACCUCUGUCUUAUACACAGACAGAUAUCUCAUUGUGUACAUAAAUUGAAACCCUCUUAAAAUCUACUUUUUGAUAACCUUAACCCUAUAAAUCUAACCCCAAUUGUAACCCUAAACACAACACUUGCAACAAAAAAUUGCCUUCUGAUAGGAUAUGGUGCCCAUUCAUAUAGUUACAACCAUGCAGGUACACACUGUAGUUUGAAGGGAAUGUCCUGGCUUAAAACCUUGAUGUAUUGUUAUAUUUGUUUUCAACUAGUCUGAGUUCUAUUUAUAUGUAUGAGAGCAGAAAUACAUUUUAUAUCAGAUCUACGUGGCUUCAGCCAAAUAGUAGCAGUCUUAUAUUGCACAUAAAGCUUUAUAGAGAUGUUAUACAAUGUUAUAACCACUUCAGGAGAUAUCUGUUAGAAAUGUUUUUAUUAGAAAUGAUUGAUCUGAACUUUUAUUGUGUAUGUGUGCUCGUAUGUGUGGAUGCGUGUGUGUGUAAGAGAAAGACAGAGAAAGAACGGGCAUAAUGCUAAUCUAUGCCUGUAGUUAUUUGUAUAUUUUAUAUUAUACUGUUGAAAAAUGUUGACAUUUUGUAUUCGUACUUUCUAUUAUCUUAGCUUCAAAAUAGUAGAUGAUUGUAUUAGGAAGCUUCCUGCAUGAAGAAGUUAGUAGUACUAUUCUACCCUCUAUGAUGUUUACAUGUUAUGCCAAAUACCAAAGCACUGCUAACCAAUCAGAUUAUUACACAGAUUAUAUGCGCAUCUACAGCAUAUUGGCCUGACACAAGUUCCAUGUACUUGGUCAAAAUGCCAAAUCACGCCCACAACCCUCCCGUCUGAUCUGUGCAUGAUUGAUUGCCUGAAGCCACUACAGGACUCCCUCGUCGUCCGUGUGUAAUGCCAAGCCUGAGACGGGAGGUCACUAAUCUGUAAAUGAUGGAGACGUCAUGUUUCAUCAGUGUAACGCAUUGAUGUCUGUGCUGACUUGGUCGCUGGCUGUCACUCUGUACACUAACCUCAAUAAAUAGAACAUGUGA